UGCUGACUACAUUUCCCACAGUUCAAUGUGUCAAAGUGGGCGCGGACUUCCGGUAUAAAUCGCAAUCUAGCUUGUUACCUAAACAAACUAUUUAUUCCGAAGUGUUUAUGAAGUGUUUCGUUUUAUACUCAUUUUAGACUCAAUCUAGUUUAUUAGACUGUAAUCAGACUUUGAUUAAAUUAGAUCAGAAUGUCGUGCCCAUUGAGUCAACCAGCAGUGGAUUUGAACCCGGCACUGUUCCCGCUGGAUUGGCUCUUGGGGACGUGGGAAUCGGACGAACCGGGACAGGUCUCCUUCCCCACCAUUAAACCUUCCCUCUACAAUGAAACGUUGUAUUUCACUCACGUUGGACAACCGGUCAUCAACUUCAUGUUUAACGCUUGCCAAGCCGAGACUAAAAAGCCACUUCACAGAGAAACCGGUUUCAUCCGGAUUCAGCCAGGCACCAACAAAGUGGCCUUCAUCAUCGCUCAGAACUCAGGACUAGUAGAGAUUGAGGAAGGCGAGCUGGUCGAGCAGAAACUCACUCUGCAGAGCAAAGCCUUGGCCAGAAUGUCUUUCGCCAAGCAGCCAUAUGUCCAUCAGAUCUCCAGAGUUUUACAGCUGAGAUCAGAUGGGAGACUGGAGCAGACGGUGUGCAUGGCGCUGGAGAACCAAACCCUGACACAGCACUUACACAUCACCUACCGCCGAACGUCAUCACCUCUGAAGAGACAAUAAUAAACAUUACACACAAACAAACAACUGACAAAUGUUAAUUUUCUACACACAAACAAAAAAAAACUUAAAUAAAUCCAGUGGAAAUAAACUCAGGACUGUUAAAGUGGUACUUUGGUUAAAAUGCUAAGUUAUACCAUAGUUCUUUAAAUGACUGUGUCCGGGGAAAAUGUAGUUCUUAUUUACACUUUAACACCAGAGGCUGGCGGCCAUCUUAGAUAAACAGAAGGUGGUAGGUUGGUCAGACCCCGCCCCUUUAGGCCACGCCCCCUUACCGUCGACAGGUGGAAUUGAAGCAGGAAUUGAACCGUCAAUUAAUACGUUUGUACGUUUCUGAAAUAAAUCACUGCUGGAGUUUAAUCCUACAGUCAGAGGUGUUUGUACAGAAAUCCUCAUCUGUUCAAAAUCUCAGUAUGUCGAGAUUUAAUACAACAUGCCAUAAUUACAAGUAUGUAAACUAUGUGUAAUAGAAAUUAUAUGUAACCUUUUUAUUAAAGUAUAUUCAAUUAAA